GUAGCUAUUUUACUGGUUUUACCCGUAGAUAAGGUGUAAACUUAUACCAGUCAAGAAGGCAAGGCACCAGUUGUGUUAAAAUUAGAUCGAGAAUCUAAAUUACUAGCUCCAUGUAGAUGCUUCACAUAAAAUCAAACAUCCGACUUGCUUUUCUAGCUAUAGCAAGUCUAGCCGUGUUCAACGGAUUCGUUAUCCUCCACCUACACAAUCAGCCUCGCCGCAAGACCGUCAAAGGACUUCACCUAACGGACGCUGGUGAAAUCGAACUCAAUUUGGUAGGGUUGUUGCAGCCGGCCAGUGACGUCUCGUUUGACGUGCUGAAAGAACCAAUUAUAAACCCGCACGAUUUCAAAUAUAUUCACAGCCCGUUCAGAAUAUGCUACAACAAAACAGUGAAUCUGUUGGUUGGGGUUGUUUCCUCCCCUGUCAACUUCUGGCAGAGGAACAGAGGCAGGCAGUUCCUCUACAAGUAUGACGGAGUAGCAUUUGUUUUCAUCCUGGGGAUGGCUGAAAGGGACAGCAUACAGAAGAGGAUUGACCUGGAGGUCAGGAGAUUUAGGGAUGUGCUACAGGAGCCAAUCAUUGAUGUCUCGAGAAACCUCAGUCUCAAAUCUGUGGCUUUCCUCAAGUGGGCAAACAUCUUUUGCUCUCAUGCAAAGUUUGUUGUUAAAAAAGAUGAUGACAUUGAGCUAGAUCCAAAUGUAACAUUGUAUGCUCUAAUGAAAAAGAAGGCGAAUCAUCCUCACUUUAUUAUGGGAAACAGUAAAUUUCUGGUGGAAGGCCCUAUUCGUGAUCAGCUGUCUAAAUAUUUCACAUCGUUUGCUGAGUUUGGGGAUGAGUUUUUUCCAAUGUUUGUACAUGGACCGGCCUAUGGAUUUCCUAUAGAAACAGCUAAAGUACUUUAUGAAAUAACUUUGAGAACAAAGUUAUUUUGGCUUGAAGAUGUGUAUAUAACUGGAAUCUGUGCUCACAGAGCAAACAUUCCAGUGUUUUUUGAUGUCCGCUUCAUGUACGAGCAUGCUGGAAUUGAUAUGGUGUGAAAGUUUACACUCAGUGAAUGUAUGAACUUUUCCUGAAUUAAUUUCAUGAUAAGAUGAAA